AUGAAAGAAAUUAUAUGUCUUCAUGUUGGUCAAGCAGGUUGUCAGAUAGGUCAUGCUUGUUGGGAAUUAUUUUGUCUUGAACAUGGUAUACAACCAGAUGGCUCAUUAUUAACGAAUAAUUGUUUAAAUGAAUAUGAUCAAUCAUUAUUAACAUUUUUCGAAGAUAUUGGACAUAAAUAUACACCACGAAUGCUUUAUAUUGAUUUUGAAACGACAGUUUUAGAUGAAGUACGUUCUGGUUCAUAUCGACAAUUAUUUCAUCCAGAUAGAAUUAUAACUGGUAAAGAAGAUGCUGCAUCAAAUUAUGCGCGUGGAUAUUUUACUCUUGGACAAAAACUUAUUGAUCAUGUUCUUGAACAAAUACGUCGUAUUACAAAUCAAUGUCAUUCAUUACAAGGAUUUCUUAUUUUUCAUAGUUUUGGUGGUAUAAAAAAAACAUGUUUUGAAUUUGUUAUUUUUCCAUCUCCGAAAUUAUCAACUAUUAUUACUGAACCAUAUAAUACUGUUUUAAAUACUCAUAUUAGUUUAGAAUAUGCUGAUUGUGUAUUUAUUGUUGAUAAUGAAGCUUUAUGGGAUAUAUGUACAUAUUCUCUUAAUAUUCAAAAAGGAAAUUUUGUUCAUAUCAAUCGUCUUCUAGCACAUGUUAUAUCAAAUAUAACUGCAAACAGUCGUUUUAAAGAGGGAAAUAUAAUUGAUCUUAAUGAAUUUCUAACAAAUCUUGUACCAUUUCCACGUAUUCAUUUUCCUUUAGUUAGUUAUGCUCCUAUACAAUCAAUUGAUAAAGCAUAUCAUGAAAAAAAUAUUACACAAUCUUUAACACAAGAAUUAUUUCAUAGAAAUAAUCAAAUGAUUAAAGUUGAACCAUCAAAUGGAAAAUAUAUGUCAGUUGCAAUUAUUUAUCGUGGGUUAGCAGUACCAAUAAAUGUUAAUAGAACAAUUAAUAAAUUAAAAAAUGAAAGAAAAAUUUCUUUUGUUGAUUGGUAA